UAUAUAUGAUGUGUUUAUAUAUCCGAAAUAAUAAAUAAUCCGAAAAAAAAGAGAACAGGAAUGCUAAAUAAGAUCUGUGCAAAGCGCACUAUUCGCUGUUAUUCCUCACAGAGUGCGAUACAUAUACCACCAGAACAACGGAAAUUUCGCCGUGUUCAUGGUCUACAAUUACCGCUGCAUCCUCAACAAGUAAUCGGCUGGGUAUUGCUAAUUGUCGUGUUCGUCGGUACUUUUACUGUGUUGUUAACGACACCGCUGCUAUUACCUAAUCUGCGCCGUAUUCUCUUAUUGCUGUUUGCUGUAUUGUUCCUACUCCACGUGCUAACCCAUCUGACGGUGCUACUACUGGAUCCGGCCGAUCCUGAAGUGCGUGCUCGACCGAUCAACGAAGUUGUCCCGGAAUUUGAUCGUACGAAGCAUCAGCACGUUAUCGAAAACGGCCGAUGUCACUUAUGCAAUAUCACAACGCGCGAUUUGUGCACUAAGCACUGUUCCAUCUGUAACAAGUGCGUGCCACGCUUCGAUCACCAUUGCAAGUGGUUAAACAAUUGUAUCGGCGGUCGCAAUUAUCCGGCAUUUUUGGCGUGCUUGACAUCAACCCUAAUUAUUACACUCGCAGUCACCGCGCUUGCUCUGGGCGAGCUGGUGCUCAUUAAUGCGCAUUCAGUUGUGGACGAUGAAUAUUGGGGUGAAGGUAACAACAACGAUACGAAUAUGAAUAAUGCCACGGCGCCAUCAUUGCCGGUGCCUGGUACCGGCUCACUUGUCCUUGUUACUCUUAUCGGUGUCCUCUCGGCAAUUGCUGCCGUUUUGCUCAUACAUCUCUGCUUUUUCCAUGGUUAUAUUGCUUGUCUCGGUCUCACCACAUACGAAUACGUACGUAGAAAGCGAGAGAAAAGCUCUACCAGCGCCGCCACUAACUCUAGAAUGACUUCUAACAAUUUGUGCGAUGCAUCUUACUGUGAUACCAGUGACAAGGAGGAUAUGAAUCAAGUGGCUGGCGCACGAAGCCUCUAUUCUCGUUUCUGCAAGAACGGUUCUUUAUUCAAGAAUAGUGUAGAUACAACGAUGAUGACGACAACGACGGAUAUAUACGUUUCCUCAACGCAUGAAGAAAUGUGUAGCAGUGACAAAGCAGCGAACGAUGAGGGUGUUUGUUCGAAAUCAUUGCCCUCGACGAAGGACAAUCGAAAUUUCCAUCUCUGCUUCUCAUAUGACUCACGCACCAUUGAGACUUCUAUUAAAGUCUCCUCCUCGCGUUCGAUCAACAGGAUAGAGUUGGAAAAGGAAGAAUCACCAGACAUAAAAUCAUCAUCCACGCCUUCCCCGGUGUCUUGUUGUUUCUCUAUUAUGAAUUAUUCUGAAGGUAGACAUGACGCAAAGGAUCGAAAACGUCAUACCGGUCACCGUCUCGAAUCCACAAAACGUUCAUGUGGAACAAUGAGAAGGAUACAGAUGUUUUUGCAGGCUCGUCUAAAAAAAAGCUCCAAAUCAAAGGCAACUACUUUAUCAUCGGCUUUUGCCCGUUCUUGCAAUAACAAGAUAAUUCCGGAUGAUCCUUCAAACAUCGCGCCUACAAUAACUGAACAUGAAAAUCGGAUUAUCGAAACAUUAGUGACAGAAUUAACAACAUCAUCGGAUCAUCCACAUCCACCGGCGAGAUUACCCGCUAUGGAUCUUCCAAAUACCGUCCACAAGAUUAGAAAAGUGUUUUCGAAUACCGGAGACAUUUCCGUUUUAGAAUCGAUAUCGCCUUCCCUAAUGCCUAAACGGAAUCAAGCCUGUCUCAGUAGCCGACGAAGUACAAAUUUUUCCAGGAAAAGGCCACGUUUUAAACUCGGCUCAUAUGUUACGCAGACCGCUCAAUUAUCACCGAUACCAGAGUCUGAGUUCUCAAAACCGGCCACACCUAGAUCAGGUCCUGCUUUCGCCUUCCCGCCAUUACGCGAGUAAUUUUACCAACAGUAUCCGAGGAACAUUGUUAAGGUGCAUUUUUACGUGCCGCUGAAACUGAUCAUUUGAGUGACAAAAAUGAUCACGUGACGACUUUUGUCGCUAAACUAUUACAGCGACAGCUUGUGCACAUGAAAAAAGAUUGCAGCGAUAGUUGUGUUGUAGAAAGCAAUAAUGGUAGCUUCCAAAAGAAGAAAAUAUUAUAAUUGGAUAUCAAAUUGUAAUAAAAUAAUUCGACGAAAACGUCAAAUAUAAUUUGAAAAUGAUAUCGUUUUUAUUAUAUUACUAUUGACAUAUCAGAAACAAAAAAGACAUUAUUCAAAAAAAAAAAUUUUUAGGUUGCACCAUUUUUUCAAAAUCAUGUUCAAUAUGGAUUUUACAAAGCUAUUUUACCGAAUGUGAGAUUAGAAAGUACAAGAUUUCUGAAUUAUUUUCGUAUGUCAUCAACACAACUGGAAAAUUUACUACAUUUUUAUUUUAGUACAUACAAUUAAUACAGCACUGUCAGCAAUGUAUCAGCGUUUGACACAUCGUUUGAGCGAUAAUGCUUUGUAGUUGAAUCGAUCUAAACUACAAAAUUGUAGCUGCUGGAUUACGAGCGACAAAUCUGUUGCUUUAACUAUUUGUUCCAGCGGUGUGUGAAAAUGCACCUUUAUUCGAAAGUGUUUUGCCGUUUGUUAGAAAUAUAAAACUCGAAAUAGUACUAGUAAGAUACAUUUAAUAUAUGAAUCUUUAUCCAUCGAAGUAUUUUUCAUAACUUUACAUUUUUAAAUUUAAAUUCGAAACUAAUAAUCAUAUUCAUACUA